AUGUCAUUUUCCUCAUUUCACUGUCGUUUCCCAUCAGAUCUGUGCAAAGAUUUCCGCGAUUUGUUCACUCAAUUCUUUGGGAUGGAUUCGUCGACUCUCUUGCGAGUCAUUCAUUUGAUAUUGAUGUUAUUUUCCAUCGCAGCUUUAUGUCUGACGAGCGCCAUUUUCGAUUUUAUCAUCAUCAAUCGAAUGUAUUACACAUUGCCCGAAAAGCGAGUGCUCGUGGAUGAAGGGAUGUCUCUAAUCUUUUUCAUUUCUUCAUCUCUUCUCCUUUUCGUCUCACUUUGCUCACUUUUCUUCUCGCAAACAUCGCAAAAUAUUCAAAAUAUGGCAAGGAAAUACGAAUGUGUUCUUGGAUUUUUGCACGGUUUCUCGCUUCUUUCGUGUACUGUAGUUGGGGCUCUUUGCACAAUCAAAGCAAUCGAAACGGCUGUUGAGAUAUUUCCAUUUGCAUACAAUGCUGUUCCAUAUCAAUUCGAAAAAGCCUCUCAUUGGUAUUACACAAGACUCGUCGCUGUUGCUAUAAUCUUCGCUCUUUCAUCUCUGAUCUGUUUAUGCGAAUUCCUCUUUUUGCAUUGUGGAAUCCGUUUUCGACAGAACACUUUCACAAAGCUUAUCCCAUCGACAACUAAAUCUUCGGCGAAUUCGAAUCCGAAUUCGGCUCAACAGCGAGGAUUACUCUAUUUCUCU